AUGAUUUUUGAAGUAUUUAAAGUGAAUGCAACCAAGUUUACAGAAACGCCUGGCAAACGCACAGCCUUCCAAAUCGGAAAGUUUAUCCGAAAACGUUAUGGCUCCCAGGGAUUCAAGUUGUUAUCAAACAUCUAUCUUCAAGACGAGAUAUCAGUUAGGAGUACGGUCAAGGAGCGGACAAAAAUGACAGCUGAAGUCGCAAUGGCGGCCGUGUACCCUCCAGAAGUAGCUCAACAGUGGGACGAAGGCUUGGGCAAGGUUUGGCAGCCGGUUCCAUACACUGCGUUUCCUUUACGGGAAGACUAUGUAAGUAUGACUAUUUUAUUACACGACCUCUGA